AUGGCAAAGAGGCAUAAACAUUAUAAUGCCAGAGGUGGUGGGAAGUCAAAAAGCAAGAAAUCCAAGCCACAUGGUGAAUCAAGGCAAAGAAAGAAUCAUAGGGGAGGUACCAGUAUCAACAGGAAUAGAUCCGAGUUGUUACUAGGAGGUGGUGACCUGAUGAAUCCACAUCAAGUUGAAGAUUAUUACUUUGGAUCCACUGCAAAAAAGAGUUCAUUAAGAUCUGGUGGAUUUAGGCCUGGAAGAUUGACGGAAGCUGAUGAACUCGAUACUGGCAGGUUGCCAUCAAGAAAACGUCCCGUGGAGUUUAUCAAAGCAAAAGAACUCUAUGAUCCUUCUCAUGACCUAAUAUUAAAAUUGGUGAAAAAGAAUCAACAUUUUGACGAGCCAAACUCUGACGGUUACAACUCCUCGCAAAGCGUAUCCCUGAGGGAGGAAGAGCAAGAUGGUGAAGAUGAACAACAAGACGUUGAUACUCAGGAAAUUCCAAGUAAAAACACAACUGUCAAGAUACGAUCUGAUAAUGUGGUUUCUGAAAAUGGAGAUUCGGAAUCAAACAGUUCAGCGAACGACGCUGAAUUGUUCUAUGUAGAUAUGGAAGGAGAAGAAAAGACUGCUGAUAAUUAUAUUAAAACUGUAGAUGUUGAUGUACAGGAACGGUCAUUAAAGCUUAAUGACUGUACCGAAUUUCAACCGACAUUGAGGGUAGGCAAUGUGGAACUUAAUCUCAAAGACGGGGGGUCUGGCUCUAUUGAAGUUGAUAAACCAAAGAGUUCAUACCAUCCAUUUCACAGCUAUAUUCAAAAUGUGAUGGAGAAUGUACAAAAUUAUGACUCGGAUGAUGACUUUGAUGAGAAUGGAAAUGACGUUGAACAGAGUUUUAGUAUAAGUUCAGAUUAUGAAUUUGAAUCCUCGGAGGAACUAAUAACAACAGGUGGUACGAUCGAACAGUUUGAUAGUUCAAUGAAGUCGUUAACAAUUGAAGAAAUUCCCGGGAAAACAAUCACUGCAUCACUUACAACAAAAGAUAUAUCACAAGGAAAUUCUGAUAAUAGCUCUGGCGAUGAAUCAUUUGGAUUCUGUGAGGAUGAUUUUGAAGGUUCGAUAGGAAAAGUGUUUGUUUCCAAUAUUCGAAUCGGAGCUGGGACUCAUUCUUAUCAUGUCUCAUGUCAUGAAAUAUACGGAGAUAGUGAGCCUAGAUGGGUAGAUGAUGAAAUGAUGAAUGAAAUAAUUGCCGAAAUGGGCUUACCUGAACACCGAUUUAGAGCUUAUUACAAACAUCUACACAAGUCAUUCAUUGAAGAAGAGGAAGAGCCAGAGGAAUAUGCUGAUAUCCCCUUUGAUGAUGAUGACAGUGAUGAUUCUACUGCGGAUCAAUGCGAACCUUUCGCCGAAGAUGAUCUCGGUGAAGAUCUUGAUGAUCUCGUGUCUUACGCUCUAAAAUACAAUAAGCAGCGAAAAAUUGAAUACCAUACUACUUCAUUGGAUAUUAGGGGGAAAGGAAGAAACAAGCAUUUAAUAUUCGAUCAAACAGCAGGAAUGGACGAAGACAUCAAGCUCAUGCUUCAAAAUAAGUUUGCCACAAGACAAAUAAACAAAACCAAAAAAAGAAGAGCAAAAGAAGAUUUCUUGUCUCAGUCACAUGCAAGCUCUACAGAUCUUUUAAUGAAAUAUCCUUACGGUCUACACAUUCAAAAUAUAAAAGACGAAUUUGAUGCGUUUUACCGUAACGAUCGUCAAUCCAUUACAUUCCCACCUUUGGAUCCCCACGGUAACAAAAUCAUCGGCAAAUUUGCAUACAAUUAUUUUAUGAAGGCUUCCAAUAUUGGUAAAGGAAAAUCGACCAAGGUUUACGUUGAGAAAACCAAAAAGACAAGGUUCAAUAAACCAGCAUAUCACAUUAUCAGCCAAUUACUCAGAAAACGACCUGUAUUUAUGAGAAUAGAUCAAAAAGCUCCGACUGACACACAAUCCACGUUCAACCGUACUGUUCGCUUGAAAGUUUCUAAAGAAAACUUCAAUAUUAGUGAAGGGCAAAUUGUGGGUGAAGAUGCACCAGAAAUUGGGAUUGACAAUAUUGGAAGAAGAAUGCUUGAAAAGCUAGGAUGGAAUAUCGGACAAGGGCUCGGUGCCCACGGUAAUCAAGGAAUUAACGAACCAAUCUUGGCCAAGGUGAAGAAGAACAAAUCAGGUUUACGCCAUACCUCUGAAAAUCAACAAUGA